CGGCGCGGGCGUACGUUCUCCGUCUACCGGUCGCUUUCGGUUAUUCGCGUUCAAUCGACGGACGCCGUGCCCCACGCGCGACGAUUUUGUAAUUGUUAUUGUUAACGUUGCGCUUUGGCCGUUAUCAUUUCGACGUCGUCGUCCGCCCCCUUAUCGGUUUCGAAUCGAUCCCGCAGCCUUGUCGACGACCGCGUUGAACCGCACUCCACGCAACCACGCGAGUUAUACUGCACGGCGCCCGUCAACGGUACUCGGGAAAUCGUUCAGACUCAAUAUUACCCGUUCCCGAAUGUCAGGUAAGUGGACGAACGCAAUACCAUUGAUUCCGGUACAGAUCUAGUUUACGGCCCGAGUUCGGUUAUCGUGCGUUUUUCGUUUUUUUUUUUUUUUUCAAAACGCGUGUUUUCGCGUGUACAUCAAGAAUGUAACGGGAUAAAAAAAAAAAAAAAAACCACGUGCGAACUUCGGAAGUUACGGGGACCGCUUCUUAAAGUUCGGGUUCUUUCCAUUUGCCAGUUGGAAUUAAAAAUUUUCAAAUUUCCCCCCCCCUUUUCCCCAAAGUGUGUGUUUUUAAAUGGUCAACUUGUUGGCGUAGUCAAAACGUACCUAUCGUACUUACUUCUAUAGCUUUUGUACACUGUCCUUGAGAAAUAGUAUUUUCGGAAUUAGUCCAAUGACCGCGUGGUCAAAAUAGACAUUUUUAUUAUUCGUAGUUAUUGAUAUUUUGAUAACAAAGUUUUUUUCAUCGAAGUUGGAACAAGUAUAUCUGGCUUACGUUAAUACCAGUUGAAAGACGUUCAAACGCCAUAUGCCAAUGACGCGAAAAGUUGUCGAUCGUGACGAUUAUGACGAUUAUGACGCGUGACAGUAACUCGUUCAAUAACUACAAGUAAUAAUAAUUAUGAAAAAAAAAAAAAAAAUGUCUAUUUGGACCACAUUUCGGAUUAAUAGCAAGAAUGCUAUUUUUCAAGGUUUAUGCACAGAAACUAUAAAAGUAAGUAUGAUAAUUAACUUUUGAUUUUACCGUGAUUAUACCAAUGGAUCAAGCAUUUUAAAAAAAUCACAUUUUGCGAAAACAACUUUAAAAUGUUAAAACCUGAAUUUUAUGCAUUUUUUCCUCGUAACUUCUUAACAAAGUAGUCUGACUUUUUUACAUUCUUAAUGUACAAAUGUAAAAAUACACAUUUUGAAAAACUUGCCUGGGCAAUAAACUAGAUUUGUUCUGUAAUUUGAUUUAAAUUGUACUUUAGGUUUUGUAGAUAAAUUGAUAAAACAUGAUAGUAAUUAAGAGUGAGAAAACUGAUUCGCAGCACUGCUGCUAAAGAAUUUAAAUAAAAAGGGUAGUAGUUUUGGUUAAUAGUUGUGUUUUUUUUUUUUUUUUUUAUCUAGUCAAUGUGGAGAUGGACUGUGUUAUUUAUUUAUUUUCAGGAAGAUAUACUGGGGCGUUAAAAUACAGGGAUAAAAAUUAGUAAGAAUAUCAUGAUGAUGAUAAACAAAGGAUAUAAAACGUUUCAUUUUCUCCAGUUAAGUAAUAAUAUUAAAAAUAGUUAAACGCUAAUUUGUUUACACAAUAAGUAACCCAUCAAUAGGUUUUAUGGAAUAGUAAUAUAAUUAAUCUAAUUAAAUAAAUAUUAAUAAUUUAAUUUUUUGUAUAUUUACUCUUUAUGACACUUAAUUUUACAUAUUUAUGCAAACAUAUCAACAACUUCUUCUAAGUUUAAAAGUUAACAUUACUCUCCUUUAACAUUUAUUACUUUUAAAUCAUACAAUUAUUUCAUCCCCAUGUGUACUUCUAAAGAAUGAUUUAAUGUGUUAUAAAACAAAAUCACUUAUUGGUAGUUGUAGUGACAGGCAGAGUUAAUAAAAUAGUCAACAUUUUUAGUUUCAGUAAAAUCGCUUGGAAGUUCAGAGUUUUAAGUAUUAAAUACCUAAGUAUCUGGUUUUUGUAUAUUUUGACUUUCAAUGAGGGCUUAAGCAGUAGAGAAUUCAGAAAUUAUAGAUCUAAAAUAAAAUUAAAAAUCUUUAUAAUGAUUAAUACAAUUUUACCAAUAGCAGGUUCCUCGACUUGAUAUUCUCAUUAAAUAGGUGUCGCUAGAUUGUAUAAUGUUUUUUUUUUAGCAGAUGCAGUAAUGAACAACUACGACUAUGACAGUGAUGCCUCCGUUAAGGACAUAGAAAUUAUGAUUCAGAAACCGGACCAAUAUUCCACAACUAUACAUUUUGAUUCUGAUACAUCUACCGAUGGUGUUUCGGAUACAGCAACAGGUAUAUUACCAGUUAGUUAUAUGUGUUGUAACACCCGAUUCUUAUUAGUAUGCCAUUCCUUACCUGAUUACUUAUUUUUUUUCUGCGGUCUAUGGACAAUCACCAUAAUAAUAAUUAGAUUCGUGUCGAAAUAUCCAUAACGCCAGAAAUUAUAAAUGAAUGUCAUAUAUUACCACAAACAGUUUUCUACUUGAUAAUCUCAUUAAAUAGGUGUCGCUAGAUUGUAUAAUGUUUUCAUUUUUAGGAGAUGUAGUAACGAACAACUACGACCAUGACAGUGAUGCCUUCGUUAAGGACGUAAAACUUAUGAUUCAGAUACCGGACCAAUGUUCCACAACUAUACAUUUUGAUUCUGAUACAUCUACCGAUGGUGUUUCGUGUACAGCAACAGGUAUAUUACCAGUUAGUUAUAUGUGUUGUAACACCCGAUUCUUAUUAGUGUCAUUCCUUACCAGAUUACUUAUUUUUUUUCUGUGGUCUGAGGACAAUCACCAUAAUAAUAAUUAGAUUCGUGUUGAAAUAUCCAUAACGCCAGAAAUUAUAAAUGAAUGUCAUAUAUUACCACAAACAGUUUUCUACUUGAUAAUCUCAUUAAAUAGGUGUCGCUAGAUUGUAUAAUGUUUUCAUUUUUAGGAGAUGUAGUAACGAACAACAGUGAUGACAACGACGUUGUGUCGUUCACGAUACUACGUAUCACUGUCACUGACCAUGACAGUGAUACCUUCCUUAAGGACGUAAAACUUAUGAUUCAGAUACCGGACCAAUGUUCCACAACUAUACAUUUUGAUUCUGAUACAUAUAUAAAAAUCAAGAUUUAAAUUAAAAUAAAAAGUUG